GUCAUUUUUGACUUGUGUCAUUUAUUUUCAACAUGUAUUUGAAAAUAAGUAAAGAUUAGAUUAAAAAUAAGCGUAUUAAUUCGAUUUGAAACAUGUUAAUUUUACCAAAUAGACUAUUCGUUCAAACAGUAUUACCCGUUUCGAGGUUAUUAGUUAGAAAUGUCUCCUCAGGCAAGCAAAAAAAGGGGAUAUUCGGGAUCGGUUUCGCCAGCGCUUCGGUGGGACUACUACUAGGCACCGGCUAUUCGAUAUACUACAUGAAUAAACCCAACGCUCACCUAGUGAACGAAGAAACUCGAAUAAAACUCGUCGAAUACGUGCCCGACAUAAAACCAUCGAAGAUAAUCAAGCACGUAGAGGAUCGAAGCGGAUUAGAACUGACACUCUACCAGUACCAAACCUGUCCGUUUUGCUGCAAAGUCAGAGCCUUUUUAGACUACUACGGUAUAUCCUAUAACGUCAUCGAAGUGGAUCCCGUUCUAAGACAAGCCAUCAAAUGGUCACCAUACAAAAAAGUACCCAUACUCGUAGCCAAAAGCGAACAAGGACUCCAACCGUUAAACGAUAGCUCGAUGAUCGUAUCCGCCAUAGCCACCUACCUGUUCGAAGGCAACAAAGACAUCUACGAAAUCGUCAACUACUACCCCUUCAUAUCAUACGUAAACGACGGCGGUCGCAAGACCAGCGAAAUAAUGAACAAAUACUUCGUCAUGCUGUCGAGAGCCUCCCGAUCGAAGGCCGACGAGCUAGAUGAAAAAGAAGAGCGAAAAUGGAGGAGCUGGGCGGACGAAGUCCUCGUUCACACUCUUUCACCCAACGUCUACCGAACGCGCGACGAAGCCCUGCAGGCCUUCCGAUGGUUCUCCGACGUGGGCGAGUGGGAGAUGAACUUCCCCGCCUGGGAGCGCCACUUGAUCAUCUACGCAGGCGCCGCCGCCAUGUGGCUGAUCGGUAAGAGGCUCAAGAAGCGGCACAAUCUCAAAGACGAUGUGAGACAAUCGUUAUACGAUGAGUGUAACGUUUGGUUGAAGGCCGUGAGAGCGAAGGGGGGCAGGUUCCUGGGCGGCGAUCGCCCGAAUCUGGGCGAUCUGGCCGUCUACGGGGUGCUGAGCAGCAUCGAAGGGUGCCGGGCGUUCGAGGAUUUGCUCGGACACACGAAAAUCGGCGGGUGGUAUUUCGAGAUGAAGGAGGUGGUGGGUAGGAGCGAGGGCGCCAAGUUAAUUCGGAGCUAACUUCAGAUUGCUAAGUGUAUGUGUGUGUGUUGUACGUACUUUUAGAUCGCCUGAUAUGUUAGCGCCGGCUUGUAUUCCGGUGACCGAUGGAAAGAAUAUGGCGAACACUUGGAAAAAGUUGUAGUUUAUGUCGUCUUGAGGCCUGUACGCCGGCGGCCAGUUCUCCGCGAACAGCGUCGCUGGAACGAUACAAAAAAAAAUACUUGUUACAGAAUUGUUUAACUUGAAUAAAGUUGAUUGAACAAUGAACGAAGUUCCACCUAACAUGAAAUCCUCAGGAUAUCCUCGAAAAUUCCCUGAAACCAUCCGCUCCAACGAACCCACCUUCUUGUCAGGCAAUGUUUUUUCUCUCGCGGUAAAUUGUCAUCAUUAACAUGCAAAUGAAGAGGUGUCGAUUCGCUUCUAUUUUCGCCACGACUUGUUUACGUUACGAGCGCCUAUCGAUCGGGCGUAAAAAGGCGGUCAGGGCGUAGGUAAGACGACCUGUUUACGACGCGUCGAGAUGUUUUUGUUCGCAAUUAACGCGUCAGACCGGGUGUCGCUGGAGAAACGAUCGAACAACGAGCGCUAUUCGAUGGAAUCGACAAGCAAAGGGCUCGGAUUUGCCAAUGAAUUGGCCAUCGUUGAAACGAGAAAUUCCUGUUCGAAAGAGACUAAUCGUUCCCAAAAGAAUUGCCCACAACGUAAGAACUGUCACAAGCUUCAUUUAUUUGUUACUGGCAUCCAAAGAGAUUACAAUCUGUCUUCUUCAAGACAACAAGCACUUGAUAUGGCCACAUGUAAGAUGGCAUAGAGAAGUAACAUCCAUUGUACCGGUAUAAGUGAAAUAUUAGAGAAUACUCGAAGUAUAUUGUCCAUGAAGCAAUAGAUUUCAAGAGAAAGACAAUCAUGUACAGGUAUAGGACAAAAAAACCUGUCUUUUUCAAGACAAUAAGAAUUUGUUAUGACCAUAUGUAAGAAGUGCCAUCCAUUGAUACUACUAUAAGAUGACAUACCUACAUGAGAUAUCAGAAAAUAGCAAAUGGUAUGAUUAUAUAACAAACUUACUAUUGAAUCCGACGAAACCUUUGGCCCUUUGCACGUCAUCGACGGGGCCGAUGAUGGUGCCGGCGAUGAAAUCCGCCAUGGCGCCGACGAUGGCGGCGAUGAGGAAGUUCUGCGCCUUGGACUCCCACUCCAUGCCGACGGCGCAGAUCAGUAUCAUGAGGAGCGUCGCGACGGUGCCGACGAUGCGGGUGUCCUGGACGGCGCCGUCGACGAUCUGCAGAUCGUAGUGCCUGAGCAGGUCGCUCAGGGAGUUGCAGAAGCCGAUGGUGUUCAUCGACGCCGAGACGGCGUUGGCGAAGGCGAAGACGACGCCGACGGAGGCGCCGAAUUCGGGGCCGAGCGAGCGCGAUAUGAAGUAGUAGAUGCCGC